AUGGGCGCGGGGCUGUCGGGCCCCAGCGUCGAGGCCGUCGGCAACGAGAUGUUCGACGCCGAGUGCCUCAAGCUCAUCAACGAGUACUUCUACGGCGUGCGCAUCUUCCCCGGCCAGGACCCCACGCACGUGUACGUGGGCUGGGUCACCACGCAGUACCACCUGCACAGCCAGGCCUUCAGCCAGGCCAACGUGCGCCGCGCCUCCGUCGAGGUCACCGACGACUACGGGCGCAUGGAGCCUGAUACAAAGCUCUUCCCUGCCAUUUUCGUGGAGGCGACCAGCAAGGAAAUCCUGCAGAUUGAGUUGGGCCGCACAUCAACUACAUUGCCUCUGUCUGCAGCUGUGUUGCAGAACUCAGAACGCCAUGUUAUCCCACAGUUCCCGCCGCGCCUGAAGGUGCAGUGCCUGAAGCCGCACCAGUGGGCGCGCGUGCCCAACCAGGCGCUGCAGGUGCACGCGCUCAAGCUGUCGGACGUGCGCGGCUGGUCCAUGCUGUGCGAGGACCCGGUCUCCAUGCUGGCGCUGCACCUGCCCGAGGAGGACCGCUGCAUGGACAUCCUCGAGCUAAUCGAGAUGGAGCGCCUGCUCAGCUUCCACGCGCACACGCUGACGCUGUACGCGGCGCUGUGCUACCAGAGCAACUACCGCGCGGCGCACGCGCUGUGCCGCCACGUGGACCAGAAGCAGCUGCUGUACGCCAUCUGCUCCGAGUACCUGUCGGGGCCCCUGCGCCAGGGCUUCUACGACCUCCUCAUCGCGCUGCACCUCGAGUCGCACGCCAACACCAUGGAGGUGUGCAAGAACGAGUACAUCAUUCCGCUGGGGCCCGAGCUGAAGGAGCUGUACGAGGACCCCGACAUGGGCCACAGCCUGCGCUCGCUCAAGACGGAGAGCGUGCGGCCCCAGAUGAAGAUGACGGAAAUCACGGACAACAUCGAGAACAUUCGCACGUUGUACAGCCCACACUUCCCGCUGGACGUGGUGAAGAACUACGUGAUGGCGGCGCUGGACGAGGCUGUGCAGAUCAACCAGGUGCACAACAGAGACCCCAUCGGAGGCUCCAACGAGAACCUUUUCUUGCCUCUGUUGAAGCUGGUUGAUCGUUUACUUCUAGUAGGCAUGUUGACGGACGAAGAUGUUGAAAAGUUGCUCAUCAUGGUGGAUCCUGAGACCUGGGAUCCGACCUUUGAAAAGGAUGGCAAGGACGAGCACCGCAAGGGCUUGCUGCACAUGAAGAUGGCGGAGGGCGCCAAGUUGCAGAUGUGCUACCUGCUGCACCACUUGUGCGACACGCAGCUGCGCCAUCGAGUGGAGGCCAUCAUUGCCUUCAGCCACGACUUCGUGGGAGACCUGCAGGCGUCGGACCUGCCGUCGGCGGUGGCCGCCAAGAAGACGCGCGAGUUCCGCUGCCCGCCGCGCGAGCAGAUGAACGCCAUCCUCAGCUUCAAGAACCUGCCCGAGGACGACAAGGAGAACAUGCCGUGCGGCGAGGAGCUCAUCGAGGCUCUGUCGUCCUUCCACGGCGACCUCCUGGGCAAGGUGUCGCUCAACGCCCUCCAGGAGCCCGAGGAGUCCGAGCGCCUGUACAACUUCAUCAACGCAGUCAAGGAGCUGGAGGAGGAGCCCAAACCACCCGAGGAACCACCGCGCAAGACCCCUGAGGAGAUCUUCAGGAAGGUCCUCAUCAAAACCAUCGUGCGAUGGGCCGAGGAGUCUCAGAUCGAAACCUCGAAGCUGUACGACACCGUGGGCGAGCUGAUCCGCGCGCUCAAGAAGACCUACAUCAUCAACAGCAAGACGAAGGGCGACGUGGCGCUCAUGUGGGUGGGGCUCAGCCAGAUCCGCGCGCUGCUGCCCGUGCAGAUGUCGCAGGACGAGGAGGAGCUCAUGCGAGAGAGGCUCUGGAAGCUGGUGAACAACCACACGUUCUUCCAGCACCCGGACCUGAUCCGCAUCCUGCGCGUGCACGAGAACGUGAUGGCGGACACCUCCCACGAGAUGGUGGUGGCGUGCUGCCGCUUCCUGUGCUACUUCUGCCGCACGUCGCGCCAGAACCAGAAGGCCAUGUUCGACCACUUCUCCUUCCUGCUGGAGAACAGCAACAUCCUGCUGUCUCGGCCGUCGCUGCGCGGCUCCACGCCGCUCGACGUGGCCUACUCCUCCCUCAUGGAGAACACGGAGCUGGCGCUGGCGCUCAGGGAGCACUACCUGGAAAAGAUCGCCAUCUACCUGUCGCGGUGCGGGCUGCAGUCCAACUCGGAGCUGGUGGAGAAGGGCUACCCGGACCUGGGCUGGGAUCCGGUGGAGGGCGAGCGCUACCUGGACUUCCUGCGCUUCUGCGUCUGGGUCAACGGCGAGAGCGUGGAGGAGAACGCCAACCUGGUGAUCCGCCUGCUCAUCCGCCGGCCCGAGUGCCUGGGGCCCGCGCUGCGCGGCGAGGGCGAGGGCCUGCUGCGCGCCAUCAUCGACGCCAACAAGAUGUCGGAGCGCAUCGCGGAGCGGCGCAAGCUGCUGGACGAGGCCGAGGGCACGACGGCGGCGCUGGGCUUCGAGCACCCGCUCCCCGAGGGCGAGGACGACGAGGACUACAUCGACACGGGCUCCGCCAUCCUCAACUUCUACUGCACGCUCGUCGACCUGCUGGGCCGCUGCGCCCCCGACUUCGCCGUCAUCCUGCAGGGCAAGAACGAGUCGCUGCGCGCGCGCGCCAUCUUGCGUUCGCUGGUGCCGCUGGAGGACCUGCAGGGCGUGCUGUCGCUGCGCUUCACGCUGAUGCAGCCGGCGGCGGGCGAGGACCGGCCCAAGAGCGACAUGCCGUCGGGCCUGCUGCCCAUCAACAAGCAGAGCAUCGUGCUGUUCCUGGAGCGCGUGUACGGCAUCGAGACGCAGGAGCUCUUCUUCCGCCUGCUGGAGGAGGCCUUCCUGCCCGACCUGCGCGCCGCCACCAUGCUCGGCCGGAACGACGGGUACGAGUCGGACAUGGCGCUGGCCAUGAACCGCUACAUCGGCAACGCCAUCCUACCGCUGCUCAUCAAGCACGCCAAGUUCUACAGCGACGCCGACGCCUGGGCGUCGCUGCUCGACGCCACGCUGCACACCGUGUACCGCCUCUCCAAGAACCGCAUGCUCACCAAGGGCCAGCGCGAGUGCGUCUCCGACUUCCUCGUCGCCCUCACCAGCCAGAUGCAGCCCAGCAUGUUGCUGAAGCUGCUGCGCAAGCUCACAGUGGACGUGUCCAAGCUCACGGAGUACACCACCGUCGCCCUCAGACUGCUGAUGCUACACUACGAGCGCUGCGCCAAGUACUACGGCGCGUCGUCGGGCCUCGUGUCGUCCAGCGACGAGGAGAAGCGUCUCACCAUGAUGCUCUUCUCCAACAUCUUCGACUCCCUCUCCAAGAUGGCGCUGCCCUGCCUGACGGCCAUCGGCUGCGCGCUGCCGCCCGACUACUCGCUCUCCAAGAACUACGACGACAUGUGGGACGGCGCCAACGACUCGGCGGACCCCGACGGGCCGUACCAGCCCAAGCCCAUCAACACCGGCACCGUGGUGCUGACCAACGAUAUGAACAACAUCGUGCAGAAGUUCUCCGAGCACUACCACGACGCGUGGGCCAGCCGCAAGCUGGAAAGCGGCUGGACGUACGGCGAGCAGUGGUCCGACUCCAACAAGACGCACCCGCGCCUCAAGCCCUACAGUAUGCUCAACGACUACGAGAAGGAGCGCUACAAGGAGCCCGUGCGGGAGUCGCUGAAGGCGCUGAUAGCGCUGGGCUGGACGGUGGAGCACAGCGAGACGGACCUGCCCUCCAACAACCGCAACUCCACCCGACGCGCCUCCAAGGCCGCUCCCCUGGUGCCCUACGACCUGCUGACGGACAAGGAGAAGCGCAAGGACCGCGAGCGCUCGCAGGAGUUCCUCAAGUACAUGCAGUACCAGAGCUUCAAGCUGCACCGGCCCACGCGCGGGCCCGCGGGCGCGGAGGCCGAGCAGGGCGCGCAGGGGGCGGCCGUCGAGCUGCGCUUCGCCUACUCGCUGCUGGAGAAGCUCAUCCAGUACCUGGACACGGCCUCCAUCAACAUGAAGCUGCUCAAGCCCUCCACCACCUUCAGCCGGCGCAACUCCUUCAAGACGUGCACCCGAAGACAUCAAGUUCUUCGCCAGGUUACCGUGGUCCUUCCUCCAACUAACCUCCUGACUGCUCACCUUCCACGACUUUCAUGCCGGGCGCAAACUCCUUCAAGACGUGCAACCCAGACAUCAAGUUCUUCUCCAAGGUUAACGUGGUCCUUCUCCAACCCUCCACCACCUUCAAGCCGCGCGCAACUCCUAGACGUUGCACCCGCGACUCAAGUACGUGGUCCUUCCUCAAUCCCUCCACCAACCUUCAGCCGGCGCAACUCCUUCAAGACGUGCACCCGCGACAUCAAGUUCUUCUCCAAGGUGGUGCUGCCGUUGAUGGAGAAGUACUUCAGCACGCACCGCAACUACUUCAUCGCCGUGGCCACCGCCACCAACAACGUGGGCGCGGCGUCGCUCAAGGAGAAGGAGAUGGUCGCCAGUUUGUUCUGCAAGUUGGCAUCCCUGCUGCGCUCCCGCCUGGCCGCCUUCGGCGCGGAUGUGCGCAUCACGAACUGCCCCGAGUUCAUCCGAACCUCCAUGCUUACAUUCUUCAACAACACGGCGGAUGAUCUUAAUCAUACCAUCCAGAAUUUGCAAGAGGGCAAGUACAGCCACCUGCGCGGCACGCACCUCAAGACGUCCACGUCGCUGUUCUACGUGAACUGCGUGGUGCUGCCCGUGCUCACCGCCAUGUUCGACCACCUGGCGGCGUGCGAGUAUGGCAGCGACCUGCUGCACGUGCUGGCGCGCAUGGAGCAGAGCAUGCCGACGCUGGAGGCCGUGCUGGCCGAGGUCGACGCGUUCGCCGAGUCGGACAAGACGCACGUGGACGCGCCGCACAUCAUCGACGUCAUCCUGCCGCUGCUGUGCUCCUACCUGCCCUUCUGGUGGGCGCAGGGCCCCGACAACGUCAGCCCGCAGGAGGGCGCGCACGUGUCCAUGGUGACGGCCGACCACAUGAACCAGCUGCUCAAGAACGUGCUCAAGCUCAUCAAGAAGAACAUCGGCAACGAGAACGCGCCCUGGAUGACCCGCAUCGCCGCAUACACCCAGCAGAUCAUCAUCAACUCGUCGGAGGAGCUCCUCAAAGACCCGUUCCUGCCGCUGGUGGAACGGGUCAAGAAGCGCACGGACAACAUGUUCCACAAGGAGGAGUCGCUGCGAGGCUUCAUCAAGUCAGCCACCGACGACACGUCGCAGGUGGAGUCGCAGAUCCAAGAGGACUGGCAGCUGUUGGUGCGAGACAUCUACGCCUUCUACCCUCUGCUCAUCAAAUACGUUGACUUGCAACGCAACCACUGGAUGCGGAACAACGUUGCUGAAGCGGAGGAUCUGUACAACAACGUGGCGGACAUCUUCAACAUCUGGUCCAAGUCCCAGUACUUCAUCAAGGAGGAGCAGAACUUCAUCUCGGCGAACGAGAUCGACAACAUGACGCUGAUCAUGCCGACGGCGACGCGGCGGUCGGCGGCGGUGCCCGAGGGCGGCGCGGCGGCGGGCGGCGGCGGCAAGAAGAAGAAGAAGCACCGCGACAAGAAGCGCGACAAGGACAAGGAGCUGCAGGCCAGCCUCAUGGUGGCCUGCCUCAAGCGCCUGCUGCCCGUCGGCCUCAACCUCUUCGCCGGCCGCGAGCAGGAGCUGGUGCAGCUGACGCUGCCCGACAAGAUCGACCCUGCGGACGAGAUGUCGUGGCAGCACUACCUCUACUCCAAGCUGGGCACGCAGGGGGCCGUGGCCGAGGACGGCAAGCCGCCCAAGGUGGAGGACGUGGUGGAGCGCAUCGUCGCCAUGGCCAAGGUUCUCUACGGCCUGCACAUGCAAGCCACGAAGCAGGCGCCCAGCCGCUCGGGGUGGAAGCGCGUGCUGUCGGCAGCUCGCAAGCGCGCCGCCAUCGCCUGCCUGCGCUCCGAGCCGCUGUACACGCUGCGCAGGCAUCGCGCCAUUAACAUCUUCAUCCGGUCGUAUUACGAGAUGUGGCUGGAAGAAGAGAACGUAGGCCAGGAGGUCAUGAUUGAAGAUCUGACGCAAUCGUUCGAGGACGCGGAGCUGAAGAAGCAGGACAAGGAGGAGGAGGAGAACAAGCCGGAUCCCUUGAACCAGCUCGUGACCACCUUCUGCCGCGGCGCCAUGACGGAGCGCUCGGGGGCGCUGCAGGAGGACGUGCUCUACAUGUCGUACGCGGAGAUCGCGGCCAAGUCGUGCGGCGAGGAGGAGGAGGAGGGUGGCGAGGAGGAAGGCGGCGAGGAGGAGGGCGGCGCGUCCAUCCACGAGCAAGAGAUGGAGAAGCAAAAGCUGCUGUUCCACCAGGCGCGACUGGCCAACAGGGGCGUCGCCGAGAUGGUGCUGCUGCACAUUUCCGCCUGCAAGGGCCUGCCCAGCGACAUGGUGAUGAACACCUUGAAGCUGGGCAUCUCCAUCUUGAGAGGCGGCAACUCCGACAUUCAGAUGGAGUCCAUCAUGGACUUCUACUGGCACUACUCGAGCAAGGAGCUCAUCGACCCCGCGGGCAAGGCCAACUUCUUCAAGGCCAUUGGCGUCGCCAGUCAGGUGUUUAACACCCUCACUGAGGUCAUCCAAGGCCCUUGCACGCAGAACCAGCAAGCUCUGGCACAUUCCAGGUUGUGGGACGCAGUUGGCGGUUUCUUGUUCUUGUUCUCGCACAUGCAGGAUAAACUUUCCAAACAUUCUAGUCAGGUUGAUCUCUUGAAGGAACUACUGAAUCUCCAGAAGGACAUGAUUACUAUGAUGUUGUCCAUGCUUGAAGGUAACGUUGUAAAUGGUACGAUUGGUAAGCAGAUGGUGGACACGCUGGUCGAGUCUGCAUCCAAUGUGGAAUUGAUCCUGAAAUACUUCGAUAUGUUCUUGAAGUUGAAGGAUUUGACUGAGUCGGCGAGCUUCCUGGAGGUCGAUGCCAACAAAGAUGGUUGGAUUACUGAGAAGGAUUUCAAAGAUAAGAUGGAACAACAAAAGAGCUACACACCGGAGGAAAUCGAAUUUCUGCUUACGUGCUGCGAAACCAACCACGAUGGCAAAAUCGACUACAUUACGUUCACCGACAAAUUCCACGAACCCGCCAAGGAAAUCGGUUUCAACUUGGCUGUGCUGCUUACCAACCUGUCGGAGCACAUGCCCAACGAGCCUAGGUUAGCGCGGUUCCUGGAGACCGCGGGCUCCGUGCUCAACUACUUCGAGCCGUUCCUCGGCCGCAUUGAGAUCAUGGGCGGCAGCAAGCGCAUCGAGCGGGUGUACUUCGAGAUCAAGGAGUCCAACAUCGAGCAGUGGGAGAAACCGCAGAUCAAGGGCGGCGACAAGGAGAAGCUGGAGGCGUUCGUCAACUUCUGCGAGGACGCCAUCUUUGAGAUGACGCACGCGAGCGGGCUGAUGGCGGUGGAGGAGAGCGGCGGCGGUAGCAAGGUGCGCGAGGCCCAAUACACCUACCUGGGCGACGACGACGAGGAAAGGUCGGGCAAGGACCCGUUCCGGCGCGGCCUGCAGGCUGUCAAGGACGGGCUGUCCUUCAGCCUGGCCUUCCUCAAGCCCAGCAACCUCAAGACGCGCAUCGCCGAGAUGCAGCAGAUGACCUUCCCCGAGAUCAUCCAGGAGGAGCCCAAGGAAGAGCCGCAGGAGGAGGAGCGGGCGCCGUUGCGGGUGCUGCCCGCGCUGCCGGGCACGCCCGACGAGCCCACGGCGCCGUCGCAGAUGCAGGCGUUCGGCCUCGACAUCACCAAGGAGGACAACGGACAGUUCCACAUGGCGCCGCACGAGAGCGCGCCGCCGUCGCCGCAGUCCAGCCUGGAGGAGGGCGGCGAGUCGACGCCGGAGGAGGCCGGCGAGGAGCACGCCAAGGCGGAGGGCGCCGAGGGCGAGGCGCCGCCCACCCUCGCCGACCUCCUUGGCGGCGAGGCGGCGCGAAAGGCUGCGGCGGCGACGGCGGAGGCGGCGGCGCAGCAGCAGGCGGCCAUGGCGGCGGUCGAGGCCGAGAACAAGCAGGAGGUGGUGACGGAGCCUUCGGCCGUGUCGCAGGUGACGACGCUGGGCGAGGACGAGGAGGACGGCGGCGCGAGCGGCGCGGCGGCGUCGGGCGAGGAGCUGGCGGAGCUGCUGGAGGAGCUGAGCGCGGAGGCGGCGGCCAACUCGACGGAGGCGGCGAGCGGGGAGCUGGGCGGCGGCUCGGCCGAGGACGACGAGGACCCCAUCGAGCUGGUGCACGUGGACCACGACUUCUUCUACAUGGAGCACGUGCUGCGGCUCAUGGCGGCGCUGCACUCGCUCGUUCCUCUGGCUAUCUUCAAGCGCGAGAAGGAGAUCGCCCGAAGGCUGGAGUUUGACGGCCUGUACAUCGCCGAACAGCCUGAGGACGACGACAUCAAGUCGCACUGGGACAAACUCGUCAUAUCGGCCAAAUCAUUCCCCGUUAACUACUGGGAUAAAUUCGUAAAGAAGAAGGUGCGUCAAAAGUACAGCGAGACGUAUGACUUCGACUCCAUCAGCAACCUCCUUGGCAUGGAAAAGACGUCAUUCAGCUCGCAAGAAUCAGAGGGCUCUGGCUUCAUCAACUUCAUUCUGAAUAUUGACUGGAGGUAUCAAGUUUGGAAACUUGGAGUCACCGUUACAGAUAACUCGUUCCUGUACAGCUUGUGGUACUUCACGUUCUCCGUGAUGGGCAACUUCAACAGGUUCUUCUUCGCUGCCCACUUGCUGGAUGUGGCUGUCGGCUUCAAGACGCUGCGUACGAUCUUGCAAUCCGUCACACACAACGGCAAACAGUUGGUGUUGACGGUAAUGCUGCUCACGAUUAUAGUGUACAUAUAUACGGUGGUAGCCUUCAACUUCUUCCGAAAGUUUUACGUGCAAGAAGAAGACGACGAAGUGCAUAAAAAAUGUCACGAUAUGUUAACGUGCUUCAUCUUCCAUCUCUACAAAGGAGUCAGAGCUGGUGGAGGAAUCGGUGACGAGAUCGAACCUCCAGAUGGUGACGACUACGAAGUCUACCGCAUUCUCUUUGACAUCACUUUCUUCUUUUUCGUCAUCGUCAUCCUGCUGGCUAUCAUUCAGGGUUUGAUCAUUGACGCCUUUGGUGAACUUCGAGACCAGCUCGAGAGCGUCAAGGAAGACAUGGAGUCCAACUGCUUCAUAUGCGGCAUAGGCAAAGACUACUUCGACAAAGUGCCGCACGGGUUCGACACACACGUGCAGCAGGAACACAACCUCGCCAAUUACAUGGACUUAUCAGAAGACAAUGUUUGUUUUUGUAUAAAGAGAAAAUUUUUUGAGAUGAUAAAUAAAAAAACUGUUUUAAACAUUGUAAUAAAUUGUUCUUUAUUGGUCCCUAUUAUUGUUUUUACUACCCCAUUAUGUUUUAAACCAUGUGGAAAUUGUUUUAUUGCAUUACUAAACAAAAUAUUACCAUAA